CUAAAUCUUCACAAUCACUCUUUACGAAAACAGCCAUUAAGAGUUUGUCAUUGUACCCAAUAAUUUACUGCCACGUCAUCAUGAUUGACGUGUCCUCCUCCCUCAUCUUAAAAUCCAACCCCCUCGCUUCCACUUUUUCCCAAAAACAAAGUCUUCGCUUAUUUAUUCCCACCAAUUUUCAUCAUUAUCAUCGGUGGAACUUUUCGACCGGCGGUAGGUUUAAUAUUCCGACGUACGGUGGUCGGUGGCGGCUCAGAUCGAUAGAGAUGGCGGAGGAUAAGUAUAAUCUGAAAAAUCCAGCGGUGAAGAGAAUACUACAGGAGGUUAAAGAGAUGCAAUCUAAUCCUUCCGAUGAUUUCAUGAGCCUUCCUCUCGAGGAGAACAUCUUUGAAUGGCAAUUCGCAAUCAGGGGUCCACGAGAUUCUGAGUUUGAAGGGGGGAUUUAUCAUGGACGGAUCCAGUUGCCUGCCGAAUAUCCUUUCAAGCCUCCUUCUUUCAUGCUUUUGACUCCCAAUGGACGUUUUGAAACCCAAACCAAGAUAUGUUUGAGCAUUUCGAAUCAUCACCCUGAGCACUGGCAACCGUCAUGGAGUGUUCGGACUGCGCUGGUAGCUCUGAUUGCAUUUAUGCCCACCAACCCAAAUGGUGCCCUUGGAUCACUAGACUAUACAAAGGAAGAAAGGCGUGCUUUAGCUAUUAAAUCUCGUGAAACGGCUCCAAGAUAUGGAACUCCCGAGCGCCAGAAGCUGAUUGACGAGAUUCAUGAAUACAUGCUAAGCAAAGCACCCCCAGUUCCUCAAGCUACUUCCUUGCCAGCUCCUGAAAUACAGAACAUUAAUGGAGAGGAUGAGGUCCAAGAGAGUCCUGAAAACCCCAGCGCCGAGACUGCUGAGGAAAGGCUUCAUAAUCCAUCUGAUGCUAACACAAAUAUUGAAGAGAGACGCGAAUUGGCUUUAGAUGCAGAACCUGUACAGGCACCUAUAGAGCUCCCUGCUGCACGGCCAAGUGAGCCUCGGGUACUGCAUACACCUCAACAGAGCGUUUCGAGGCAGGCUGAUGAUCGUAUAUUUACAUGGGCAGCAGUUGGACUUACAAUUGCUAUACUUGUACUUCUGUUAAAGAAAUUCAUGAAAGCUAAUGGCCACGGUGCUGUCUUCAUGGAUGAAUCCUAAAUCUACCAGCAGUAAAUAUGGAGUUCAACUGGGAAUAUGUUUGGCAAUUUACUCCACUUGGGCCAGCUUAUCCAGAAAAUAUGUAGUAUAUUUAUCCCUUUGCUGUUGUGACAUCAACUAUAUAGAUCGUGUAAACAUGAAAUUACCAUAUGUUAUUUUGACAGAGUUCUUGUAUAGAUAAAAGAGGGUCCUUUUUCUCAGAUGUGAAGGAUCAUGUGAAGAAGUUAAGAUGAAGUAAAGAAAUUUAGUUACACAUUAGCUUGCUUCUUUCUGUUCGAAACGCGUAUUAAGAAUAUUUAUGGCUGUUUUCAAGUAAUAAUAAUAACAGGGAUGUACUUGUCUUUA